GUGCUUCAUCAUCAUCCUGCUGAAGUGAUCCCUUGUCUCGAACAUAUCCUGUCAAGACAAAAUGGAAAACCUCCUGAAGUUAUGUCUCUUUCUGUUCUGCAUGGAAAUUGCUGUGGCUCUCGAAUGUUUACAGUGCAGUGGCUACAAAAAUGGAAAAUGUGAACAUGAGGUAAAACAAUGCAUAGCUAAAACAGGAGAAUCUUGUAUGAUCACUAGACUCUGGACUUGGCCACACAAUGAAAGUGACCCGCUGUUUGCAGAGUCCAAGUGCAUGAAAGAUUGUCAAGAAGAAAAUGAAUAUACUCCUCGUGGAAGAAUACUAACAAUCUGCUGUGAUUAUUAUGAUUUUUGCAAUGAAUUUAGGUGGCCAGUUCCAAUGCCCUAAUUUGAGAAAGCUUCAGGAAUUGCUGUUCCCAAACUCUUUACCUCCUAAUUUUAUUUCUUGUUCUGCCUCAAGUUCCUAUUUAUUGUGGACUAGAGGCUUUCUGAAAUGUUAGAAAUGCAGGAGUCAUGAAAUGUGGGGAAAGAAACUUCCUCGGCCUUAUGAUAAUCUGUGAUCCUACAGCCCACUUCUCAUGCAUGACAUUUUCUCUCUAGUCAACCUGAACAUAUUGUCUCUUGGUUUUAAACAGUGCUUUUAUUAGACUUUCCCACCCUAGACAAUGAGGCUUGGACAACAAAGACUUGGAAUGAUUUCAGCAUUUCAUUAUUAUGAAAGAAGACAUCUGGAGGACCUUCUCACCAUGAACAGAAGCAGGGCUGAAAAAUCAUAGAUACUCGGUCAGAGCUCUGAGAUUCAUCCAAGGAAGAAACCCUCCACCGAUUGUUUGUUGUAGUAUCUUUGUUAGGCACAAAUUCUCUAUGUUUCAUCCAGUUUGUGAGGGAUGUUCUUUCCUGAGCUGUUUGAAUACUUGUUGAUAAUAAUGUUGACUCUAACCUGUGUUAGGAAGAUGAUACAACCCAACACCGCAGUCUUUUGAACUUCCUUUAUUUGUAAGCACCAAUUUCCUUUCCUAGCCCCUUUCAUGUUCCUUAGGGAUCACAUUUCCAUCUCAUUGAGUUGAUGUGUUCUCAGUGCCCCACAUGUUGACUAGCUUUUCUUUUUCUUCUUUUUUUUUUGGGAGGGGGAGUACCAGGGAUUGAACUCAAGGGCACUCGACC